GGUGGGGUGUUGGCUGGAGAGUUUGUGAAAAGUUGUGAGACGAGCAGGAGGAAGUGGAAAGAGAGGAGUUAGGCUGUGCCGGAGGCCAAGGACCGGGAGGUCUCAGGUGACCUCUGGGAAGUCGGGCUGGUUAGAAAGGAGCCGAGCGCCUUUAUGAAAGGAAAAACCUGCCUGGACGUCGGCCCCUACCUGAGCCGGGAGCUCGAGCUGUGGGUUCUGCAGCCCUUGCCCUGCGUGGUGGCCGCGUCUGCGCCCUAGCCAUGCGGAUCUGGAUGGCUGUGAGGUGGACCCGGGCAGGCAAGACCUGUCUGGUGCUGGCGGCUUUAACAGUGGCCUACAUCGUGGUGGAGCUCUCUGUCUCCACUUUCCAUGGUUCCCCAGGAGCCGGCCAUGCCAGGGAUCUAAGGUCAAGACGCCUCGCAGACCUGGAAGAAAACUUAGAUUUGUCUCGCCCACUUUAUGAGAAGCCCCCUGCAGAUUCCCAUGCUCUUGGGGAGUGGGGGAAAGCCAGCAAACUCCAGCUCAACGAGGACGAACAGAAGCAGCAAGAAGACCUCAUUGAGAGAUAUGCCAUCAAUAUUUACCUCAGUGACAGGAUCUCCCUGCACCGACACAUAGAAGACAGGAGGAUGUACGAGUGUAAAUCCAAGAGGUUCAACUACAGGAGACUUCCCACCACCUCUGUUAUUAUCGCUUUCUAUAAUGAAGCCUGGUCGACUUUGCUCCGCACCAUUCACAGUGUUUUAGAAACGUCUCCUGCAAUCCUUCUGAAGGAAAUCAUCUUGGUGGAUGACUUGAGUGACAGAGUUUAUCUGAAGGCACAACUUGAAGCUUACAUCAGCAAUCUUGAGAGAGUCCGUUUGAUUAGAACCAAUAAGCGUGAGGGACUGGUGAGGGCCCGCCUGAUUGGGGCCAGUUUUGCUACUGGGGAUGUCCUCACUUUCCUGGAUUGUCACUGCGAGUGUAGUUCUGGUUGGCUAGAACCACUAUUGGAAAGGAUUGGCAGAGAUGAAACAGCCAUCGUUUGUCCUGUUAUAGACACCAUUGAUUGGAAUACUUUCGAAUUCUAUAUGCAGACUGGGGAGCCCAUGAUUGGUGGGUUUGACUGGCGUUUAACAUUCCAGUGGCAUUCUGUCCCCAAACAUGAAAGGGACAGGCGGACAUCGAGAAUUGAUCCCAUCAGAUCGCCCACCAUGGCUGGAGGACUUUUUGCUGUUAGCAAGAAAUAUUUCCACUACCUUGGAACAUACGAUGUAGGAAUGGAGGUGUGGGGAGGUGAAAACCUCGAGCUGUCUUUCAGGGUGUGGCAGUGUGGUGGCAAAUUGGAGAUCCACCCAUGUUCCCAUGUGGGCCAUGUAUUUCCCAAGCGGGCGCCAUAUGCCCGCCCCAAUUUCCUACAAAAUACUGCACGGGCAGCAGAAGUGUGGAUGGAUGACUACAAAGAACAUUUCUACAAUCGGAACCCACCAGCAAGGAAGGAAGCUUAUGGUGACAUCUCUGAAAGAAAAUUUCUACGAGAACGGCUGAGAUGUAAGAGCUUCGACUGGUAUUUGAAAAACGUGUUUUCUAGUUUACAUGUUCCAGAGGAUAGGCCAGGCUGGCACGGGGCUGUUCGCAGUAUGGGGAUCUCUUCUGAAUGUUUAGAUUAUAAUUCUCCUGACAGUAACCCCACAGGUGCCAACCUUUCAUUAUUCGGAUGCCAUGGACAGGGAGGCAAUCAAUUCUUUGAAUAUACUUCGAAGAAAGAAAUAAGGUUUAAUUCCGUGACAGAGUUAUGUGCGUAUGUUCCUGAGCGAAAAAAUCAUGUAGGAAUGCAAAAUUGUCCUAAAGAUGGGUCCCCUGUGCCAGCAAAUCUUAUUUGGCACUUUAAAGAAGAUGGAACCAUUUUUCAUCCACAUUCAGGACUGUGUCUCAGUGCUUAUCGGACACCUGAGGGCCUCUCUAGCGUACAAAUGAGAACUUGUGAUGCUCUAGAUAAGAAUCAGAUCUGGAGGUUUGAGAAAUAGAAGAGCACAACAGCACUUUUGUCAUGAACCUGAGGAGAGCCUUCAAAGACCCUGAGUGAAGAUUGCAUUCUAGCGGAAGUCAUCCCUGGGUCCCCUGUGAGAGCACUGUAGCGCUGUGGUUCCUUUUGGUAUAUUACACUGAAACUGGGUGCAGUGUUGCUGUUUAGGAUUCCAAAGUGCCUUACUUAUGGGUGGUUUUAUUUAAAAACUAUGUUAUGGUCUCUUGCUUCUCCUUAAAGAAGUUGACUGUGAAUUAAGACAUCCAAAAUGUUUAAGUGCCAGACUUAAAGAAUGUAAAAAUCCAAGCAAAAUGCCAUAUGAUUUAGGUUGAUGGGUAAGUUCAGUGUACAUCGCCGUUUCAAAUAAAUUCAUAAAUGUGCAGUUUGAGCAGUUGCUAUCUUCAUUACAUAGAAUUUAAAUCUCUUUUAGCCAGCACAUUAAAUUUUAGGUUUUAUGUUUUAAUCUAAUUGUUCUUUAACUAGAUAGAAAUCAAAGAAAGUUGAUCUUAAGGAGAAAGGCCUGGUUUUGAUAGGAGUAUCACUGGAAGAUGACAUUAGUUUGAAUGUGAGUUUGGAGGUCUUGACAUACAUCUUAGAAAACUAUACCCACAUCUGAAUGAAAUGGGGAGGUUUUUACAUUCCACUCUUUGUAAACUUGAGCUAUUGGGCUUUACUGAUUCAUGUAUUGAUACCUCAGAUUGCUCUGAUUUUUGUAAGCUGUCCUCUCUGUGAACUUGUUUGUGUAUGUAGGGCAUUUUCUGAUUGUACUUCCUUAAGUUAUGAAUGUAGUAGAAAGAGACUCAUUCAGAAUACGUGUCUCCCUUUGUUCAUGCUUAAUCAUUGAAAGUAAACACAAUUGAGGUCUUUUCUGAAGUUAAAUCCAACUGUGUUUACUGAAAUGUGUGAAACUGAAAGUGGGCCAGGUUCUACAAAGGCUGUGGAACUCUUCUUGGAGUUCUUGCUGAUUAGGAGAUGUAAGUUAUUUAUCUUAGGGAAGGAAGGACAAAACGCUGCCUCGGCAGUUGUGAAUGCUGCCUUCUAGCUCCUUUUCAGCACCUAGCACCGAGCCUUGCACUUAGGCAGCUUUGGGAAAGUGGAUGACUGACUGAAUGAAGGAAAGGCUCAGUCAUGGAACGUGAUUUUAGCUAAGUCCUUUGACAUGUUUGGGCCUCCAGAGUGCUGGAUUAGAUCUUAAAGAUCCCUUCCAGCUCUGAAAUGCUAACUGAACACUAUACAGAUUCAGUUGCUGUAUAACACUUUUUAUCUCUUCUAACACAAGAGAUGGUGAGCAGUUGAGCAGUGUUUAGUUCAGUUGGGAAACUGGGAAAGAGAAAUGGUUUUAAACUCAAGUGAGUUGAGCUCACCUGAAGUGGUUUAUUUCUGUGGGUGGAAAGUUGUAAUAGUCAGUGUUUGUAGCCAUUUCAUCUUGGCAAAUGUUGAAGCAAUUUUGUGUUGAAAUUUUUUUAAACCCUAAAGUAAUCUUUUGACUAAGAGUGUAAGUAUUCCCCAGACUAAAUGAUAUAUUUGAGAAGUAAACAUACUUUUUUUAAACUGGUUUUAUACCAGUGUCACAUCCAGAAAUCAAAAGUGAAAUCUAGAAUCAGAUUUCAUUUGGUUCAUUUUGGUUUAGGUUUAUGAAAAAUGUAUGCUUCAUAAAGAAUUAUCCAUAGUAUGUAUAAGUAAAAUUGUGUUCAAUGUUUGCUUGAUGAGUUGGAGAGUAGAAACUUUGCAAAAUCUAUAUUUAAAAAAGUUGUCUAGGAUAACGAUUUCAAAAUAUAAAAUUGCUGUGUAACUUUGAAUGUUUUCUUUCACUUUUGCCUCUUAAAAUGAAAAUGUGUUAAUAGUUUCCAUAAGUUAUUCAGCAGCCUUAAAGAUUAUCAAGGAAUUGUCCAGAUUCUGUGUGCAAUGUGCUUGGCUUUGGGUUUAAAUUAGGAAGAUUUUAUAAUACUCUGAAUUUUUCUAAAGAGAUUCUUCUCUCCCCUUGCCCAGUCUGCUUUUUCAAAAAUUUCAAUUUUUUACUAAUUUUUAUACUUUUUCUUAAAAAUGUUUUUGUUGUUCUCUUUAACUUUCUAUUAUAUGAUAGAUUUAAAGUUCCUAUAUUCUGGAAGUAAUAUGGCAAUUAUUUUUAUUUUAGUAUCUGAUGCGCCUAUCAAAAGGGAAAAGAAGUAAAGUUUAUAAUUUUUGAAGUAAAGUAUAUAACUCUUUUAAAACUUUUGCCCUAAAUUUCUGGGUGUGACCCAGCAGUCUUUUUGGAAGAAA